GAUUCCAGGCAGGCUUUAGUCAGUCGCCGUAGCUGGUAGAGCAGAGAUCACACACAGCUUCCAAAGGAAGAUGUAUUUUACAAGUUUGUCCGGACGCGCAGGAUUGAUCAUUGCAGGGACCAUCCUCCUUAUGGCGUUUCUGAUCGCAGAUACUGAAGGAGGGACCGUCGCCAAAAGGGACAUUGACAGCCUUCUUGAUGGCAAAAUGAAACGCCCUUUCUGCAAUGCCUUCACGGGGUGCGGCAAAAAACGCUCCGAUCCUGAACUGGAGGGCCUUGCUUCUGGUUCAGAGCUCGAUGACAUAACCAAACAUGUUCUCGCUGAAGCAAGGUUAUGGGAGCAACUUCAGAACAAGAUGGAAGCAAUGCGCAUCCUGGCGUCUCGCAUGGACAGCCGUCCUGUAUUCAGGAGAAAGAGGUCUCUUAUUCAGCCACAGUAUAAUCAUGCAAACUCUGCUGCAACUCUCAAACAUAAGGGAGUCGUUGAGAAACAGUGAACAACAGGAGACAUAGCCGACUUCCUCCAUCAAUAAAAUAAUCAUGCAGCUUUCAGAACUUCAGUGGCUCUGCGUAUCCAAAUAUAUGU